AAAAUAAGGCCACAAUAAUACCAUCGUUCUUCGUUUUAUAUGCAACAUAUUUUAUUUCAUUGUGUCAUAGUUUGUGAUCAUCAAUAAUUAUGAGAGAAAUCAAUUUGGAUCUCUUGCCUGAAGAUUGUUUUGCACACAUUAUGUCCUUAACAUCUCCUCAAGAUGUAUGCCGAUCUGCCUUCGUCUCGUCGCUAAUCCGGUACAUGGCUGAUUCAGACACCGUGUGGGAGAAAUUUCUGCCAUCUAACUAUGAAGAAAUCCUCUCCAGAUUAGUCUCUCCAUUGGCUUAUUCAUCCAAGAAAGAGUUGUUUUCCAGGUUAAGUAAACCACAAAUAAUUGAUGGAGGUAGAAAGAUCUUCUCAGUAGAGAUAUCAUCAAAUAAGAAAUGUUACAUGUUGGGUGCAAGGGAGCUUUCAAUCAAAUGGGCAAGCCAUCCUCUUUAUUGGUGCUGGAAACCACUUUCUCAAUCAAGAUUAGCUGAAGUUGCUGAGCUUAGGACCAUUUCCUGGCUACAAAUUGAAGGCUUGUUGAGCACUCGAUUGCUAUCACCAAGAACAAGUUAUGGUGCCUAUCUCAUUGUGAACUUUGCUGAUCGUGCUUAUGGGUUAGACUCUUUACCAUCAGAGGUGUCACUUGAAGUUGGUAAUUUCAAAUCACAAGGGACAGUAUACUUAAGUCGCCCUAAAAUUGAAAAACAAUCUUUGGAAAGUAUACCUUCUGUGAAUCGAAUUAAAGCAAUGAAAUCAAAGGUCUUUCAAGAGAGACAAGCAGGCCCUGGUGAACGCAGAGAUGGAUGGAUAGAGAUUAAGUUGGGGUAUUUUUAUAAUGAUGAAGGUGAUGAGGAGGUGAAGAUGUGCUUAAAGGAGGUGAAGGGUGAGCAUUUAAAAGGUGGUCUUAUUGUUGAGGGAAUUGAACUUAGACCUAAAGAGUAAUCUCAAGGCUUGUGCUUCUUUGUGCAAACUUUAUUAACUAGAACUGUUUAUUGCAAAA